UGAGGAUGGGCCGCGCCUCCUUUUGGACUGCGCCGGCUAGGGCGGGGAGGGGAGUUGUCCCUGGUAGACUGUCACCACCCGCCGUAGCAUCCGAGGGCCUCCCGUCGCGCAUCCGUCGUUCCUGGGCCAUUCCUCCGUCCAUCUGGAGAAGGGCGACAUUGGGCUUUGGUUCUUCAGCCUUUUACCCGUCUGUACCUGCGAGAUGGGCAGACUCAAGCUCCCAUCGACACGGUUGUUAUGAAGAUUUAAACAAGAUAAGCCGAAAACACAUUACACAAUGCUGGAGUGAUAGAAGGAAGUCAAGGCACCAUUAUGACUCAGAUGAGAAAUCAGAAACAAGAGAAAAUGGUGUUUCAGAUGACCUGGAUGCUCCCAAGUCCAAAAAAGCUAAAAUGAAAGAGAAGCUAAAUGGAGACACUGAAGAAGGAUAUAAUAGACUUUCAAAUGAAGUUUCUAAAUCUCAUAAGUCAAGAAGAAAAGAUCUGCCAAAUGGAGAUAUUGAUGAAUAUGAAAAAAAGUCAAAGCGAAUGUCUCCCUUACAUAGUUCUUCUCAUAAAUCAAGUGAUAAUAAUAAGCUAGAGGAGACCCUAACACGUGAACAGAAGGAAGGAGCUUUCUCCAAUUUCCCUAUUUCUGAAGAGACUAUAAAGCUUCUGAAAGGUCGAGGGGUAACAUAUCUCUUUCCUAUUCAAGUUAAGACCUUUGGUCCUGUAUAUGAAGGAAAAGAUUUAAUUGCUCAAGCACGGACAGGAACAGGAAAGACAUUCUCUUUUGCCAUUCCCUUGAUUGAAAGACUCCAAAGAAAUCAAGAGACAAUUAAAAAAAGCCGCUCACCAAAGGUACUUGUUUUGGCUCCUACAAGGGAACUGGCAAAUCAAGUAGCCAAAGACUUCAAAGAUAUAACUAGGAAACUCAGCGUAGCGUGUUUUUAUGGUGGAACAUCAUAUCAAAGCCAGAUUAAUCAUAUUCGAAAUGGUAUUGACAUCUUGGUUGGGACCCCUGGUCGGAUCAAAGACCACCUGCAGAGCGGCCGAUUAGAUCUUUCUAAACUGCGCCAUGUUGUGCUUGAUGAAGUGGAUCAAAUGUUAGAUUUAGGUUUUGCUGACCAAGUUGAAGAUAUCAUCCAUGAGUCCUACAAAACUGAUUCUGAAGACAAUCCUCAAACUUUACUUUUUUCUGCAACUUGCCCACAGUGGGUAUACAAAGUUGCAAAAAAAUACAUGAAAUCCAGAUAUGAACAGGUUGACCUUGUUGGAAAAAUGACUCAAAAGGCUGCAACUACUGUGGAACAUUUGGCCAUCCAGUGUCAUUGGUCUCAGAGACCAGCAGUUAUUGGAGAUGUCCUUCAAGUCUACAGUGGUUCUGAAGGGAGGGCUAUUAUUUUCUGUGAGACCAAAAAGAAUGUAACUGAAAUGGCCAUGAAUCCACACAUAAAACAGAAUGCCCAGUGUUUACAUGGGGACAUUGCACAGUCACAACGAGAAAUUACACUGAAAGGCUUCAGAGAAGGUAGUUUUAAAGUUUUGGUUGCAACCAAUGUGGCUGCCCGUGGUUUGGACAUUCCUGAGGUUGACCUGGUGAUUCAGAGUUCUCCUCCACAGGAUGUUGAGUCCUAUAUUCAUCGCUCUGGACGCACAGGUAGAGCUGGCCGGACAGGGAUUUGCAUAUGCUUUUAUCAACCAAGAGAAAGAGGUCAACUGAGAUAUGUGGAACAAAAAGCAGGAAUUACUUUUAAACGUGUAGGUGUUCCUUCUACAAUGGAUUUAGUUAAAUCUAAAAGCAUGGAUGCCAUCAGGUCUCUGGCUUCCGUUUCUUAUGCUGCUGUUGAUUUUUUCCGACCAUCAGCUCAGAGACUGAUAGAAGAGAAAGGGGCAGUUGAUGCACUGGCUGCAGCAUUAGCCCAUAUCUCUGGAGCAUCGAAUUUUGAACCACGAUCUUUGAUUACCUCUGAUAAGGGGUUUGUGACCAUAACUCUGGAAAGCCCAGAAGAAAUACAGGAUGUCAGCUGUGCUUGGAAAGAACUUAACAGAAAGCUGAGUAGUAAUGCCGUGUCCCAAAUUACCAGAAUGUGCCUCCUGAAAGGAAAUAUGGGUGUUUGCUUUGAUGUUCCCACAGCUGAGUCGGAAAGGUUACAGGCAGAGUGGCAUGAUUCAGACUGGAUACUGUCAGUGCCAUCCAAGUUACCCGAAAUCGAAGAAUAUUAUGAUGGAAACAUGUCUUCUAAUUCCAGACAGAGGAGUGGUUGGUCAGGUGGCCGGUCAGGUCGGUCAGGUCGGUCAGGUCGGUCAGGUGGUCGAUCUGGUGGCCGGGCAGGCAGACAGAGUCGACAGGGAAGUCGGUCAGCAAGUCGACAAGAUGGUAGAAGACGAAGUGGGAAUAGAAAUCGACCAAGAAGUGGGGGCCACAAACGGAGUUUUGACUGAGAAUUUGAUAGUUAAUCUACCAGUGUGAGCGUACCUAUUUCUGCCUAAUCAUGUACAUUAUCCACCAAAAAUUAGAUCAUCAUAGUUGAGGUAUGUGUCUGCUACAAAGAAGUUGGUUGUAUUUUUUUAAAAAGUAUUUCACAAGAAUGGAUGUAAACAAAUCUACUUAUCCAGUUACACCUUUGAAUAAAAAAACCUCCUUUUAUUACAUCUUUUUCA